AUGACCAAAAAUCUGUUGUUUCUUUCUGUCUAUUUCUUUUUUCUCUUUCUUUCUCUUCUUUUUUCCACUUUUCUUUCUUUUUUCCUUCUUUCUCUCACUUUCUCUCUUUCUCAUUCUUUCUCAAUCUCUUUCGUUAUUUUUUCCUACACUUUUUCUUUUACCUUUCUUUCUUCCUUUUACAUUUUUCUUUCUUUCACUUUUCUUUUUUCUUUCUUUCUUCUCUUUCUCUUUUUCUUUCUCCUCUUUUACUUUUCCUUUUUCUUUCUUUCUUUCUCCUCUUUUACUUUUCCUUUUUCUUUCUUUCUUUCUCCUCUUUUACUUUUCCUUUUUCUUUCUUUCUUUCUUUCUCCUCUUUUACUUUUCCUUUUUCUUUCUUUCUUUCUCCGCUUUUACUUUUCCUUUUUCUUUCUUUCUUUCUCCUCUUUUACUUUUCCUUUUCUUUCUUCUUUUCUCCUCUUUUACUUUUCCUUUUCUUUCUUUCUUUUCUCUUUUACUUUUCCUUUUUCUUUCUUUCUCCUCUUUUACUUUUCCUUUUUCUUUCUUUCUCCUCUUUUACUUUUCCUUUUUCUUUCUUUCUCCUCUUUUACUUUUCCUUUUUCUUUCUUUCUUUCUCCUCUUUUACUUUUCCUUUUUCUUUCUUUCUUUCUCCUCUUUUACUUUUCCUUUUUCUUUCUUUCUUUCUCCUCUUUUACUUUUCCUUUUUCUUUCUUUCUUUCUCCUCUUUUACUUUUCCUCUUUCUUUCUUUCUUUCUUUCUUUCUUCUCUUUAACUUUUCUUUCUUUCUUUAUCUUUUCUCUUUGUUCAUUCUUACAUUAUUUCUUUACUUGUCUUUUUUCUUUUUUUGUUGUGAAAAAGCUUCUUGAUCAGGUCUAUUUCAAAACAACAACAAAUGAAGAAAUCCUGUCCAUCCUGUCUUUGAGACUGGAAUACCAACCUCAUAUCAUUGAUCAGACUUUUCGCUUCCAUCAUCCUGAACAGUCAUUCUUGAAGAAGUCCAUUCGAUUACCACCAUUGCAUUCCUUCCCUGGAGUGCCAGUUGGUGGAUCUGGUGGCCAACGACAAGUUUUUGUUCGCUGCAGUGACGCUAAUGUUAUUUGUGACAGUCAGAGUAAAGAGUCAGGAGAACCAUUGGAUAUUUUCCUAAAGGUGUCAGUCGGAUGUUCUCCACAGGUGAAGAAGUUCUUUGUGGCUAUCUUUCUUGACCCAUUCCUGUCACGUCCAGUCCAAGUGUGGCAAAUCUUUGUGCAUGCCUUGCAGCGUAUUGACAUCUCGUGUAUGGAGGGACAGACAAGUCGGUUCUCGCUCAUUCUCAGGGGUACUCACUCAUCUCGUCUUGCUCGCUGUUUCACAUCCAAUCCGAAUGAUAUGAAUCUUCACCCAUCUGAAGCUUUCACUUUGGUAGCAGGAAGUGUCCAUGAAUUAAAUGUUGCCAUUCGCCCUUCACAAGUUGGUUGCAAGUGUUUCUAUAUCAACAUGGUUGAUAUUGAGUACCAUCAGCUGUUACGAAGUUGGCUGAUCUUUACAAAAUGUGAAGCCCCUGCUAUCACCCGUACUUUUGAACUCAUCCUGCCGGUUGGGGGUGGCCGUGGAUGCAACAAACGAGUCUCCUACACAAACCCUUACUCCAAGAGAAAGAAGUUUCUCUUGCAUACUAACCGAGAUGAUCUUUUGCAGUUUAAGGAGACCCAACUCGACAUUGCUGGUGGUGAUUCUCAGAAUAUUGGUUUACGAUUUGCUCCCGUUCUCUACCCAGGCUCAUUGGAAUUAUUAGUUUUUAUAAAUGAUGAAGAGGAUAAGAACGAAGAAACUUUUUGUAUAAAAGCUACCUACUCUGACCAAAUAGCCAAUUAG